CACCUGUCGUCUGUCUGUCGUUAAGCUUCCACACCUGAUUUGAAUGAGCAGCUAAUGAAACCCUGAAAUUGCAGGACCUUCACAUAUCAGGAAAGCUCAGUCAUCCAGCUAAAUGGACAUUCAGCAGCAAAAUAGGCCACAUCUGGAGCCCAUACAGGAAGAGUCUGAGCAGGAAGAUGAAAUUGAAGGAAGCAAAACAGGAGAGGAGGAGGAAGAAGAGGAAGAAGAGGAUUUUCAAGUAGGCGUAGAGACAAAGGAGGUUAUGACAGCAGACGAAAGCGAAGAAGAUGAAGUUCUGCUGAGGGUUCUGAGACCGAGGCGAAUUUAUCGUCCCCGCAGCCAAGUGAGUUUUCCUCGAAUGCAGUCGACAAACAAACACCAGAAGGAAAUGGAUUCCUCUGUGUCAGAGCAGAGCUCGCAUUCAGUGUAUUUAAAUGGUGAAGAUACACUCCGACCUGUGCAGGCAAGGUUAGGAAAAGAGAAGAGAUCUGUUAGUGAUGAGCUGAGAAUAAAGCUCUCCAGGAUCAAAUGGAAAAUACAACCACCAUCUAAAGUACCAGUGCAGAAGACAACCAGGAAAAGGCAAAAGAAGGAGUUUCCAAGAGAGCCGUUUCCUAAGUGGCUGGUGAACCUAAUGUUCAACAUUGAAGAGGCAACAACACACCAACUGCUGGUUGAGUAACACUCUUCAGACGGCUCACAAGGUGAACAUGUUACCUGGUGAUGACCUAGCUGGUGAAAACUGAAUGUGGAACAAGUUCAUCACGACUAACAUGACAUAUUAAAGUUUGGCAGUACUGCGGAGUAGUGCACGUGAGCCACGGUGUGCACGUUAUUAUCAGUGAAUAAACAAACAUGAAAAAAUCAUAGUAACAAGGCUGACUCACUACAUGAUGAAAACAUUUGUUCUGCUGGAGUCAAUAAACUGUCAUCAUCACCCUGAA